AGGUAGGUCUAAAUAGAAAUGUUGCUGCUUUUUUUAAAAAAUAAUAGCUAUUGCUUUAUUUAUUAAAAUUAACACAAUGAUUCGGCGAUUUAAUGAAGUUUUAAAAUAUAAUUUGUGUUGCAUUAGUAGGAUAGAUAUUAGAAGCAAAACGUGCAAGCCAGUAUUAAAAAACGCCAAGAAAAUGUUUAAAUCAGCUGUUUUUAAUCUUCAAGAGGCGAAUGCAGAUCAAGUGCAAGAAUUUUUAAAUUCUUUUGAUACAGUUUUAAGCGAUUGUGAUGGUGUUUUAUGGAUAAAUAAUACUGCAAUUCCUGGUUCACCCGAAGCUAUGAAUUACUUUCGAAAAAUGGGUAAAAGAAUAUUUUUUGUAACCAACAACUCUACUAAAGUCCGUAGUGACUUUGCUCUAAAAGCCCAAGAGCUAGGAUUUAUUGCUGAACCGGAAGAAAUCCUAUCAACUGCAUAUCUAGUAGCGCAUUAUCUUAAAGGCAUUGGUUUCACAAAAAAAGUGUACCUGGUUGGUUCAAAUGGAAUUGGUGAUGAAUUGAAAGCUGUUGGAAUAAGGCAUUUUGGUGUUGGACCAGACCAAGUGAAAACAGAUUUCAAGUCCAUGUCCCCAUCAGAUAUGGAUCCGGAAGUAGGUGCAGUUGUGGUUGGUUUUGAUGAACAUAUAAGCUACCCCAAAUUUAUGAAGGCAGCAUCAUAUCUCUCAAAUGAAGAGUGUCUGUUCAUAGCCACCAACACAGAUGAAAGGUUUCCAAAGUCCAGCUCUAUUAUAAUACCUGGAACAGGUACUCUUGUAAGAGCAGUUGAGACAUGCUCGGAGAGGAAAGCAUUGGUGCUUGGAAAACCGAAUGACUAUGUUAGAAAGUUCUUGGAGUCCUUUGGAUUUGAUCCAGCAAGGACCUUGAUGAUUGGUGACAGGUGUAACACGGACAUAGAAUUCGGCGUGCGUUGCGGUUUUCAAACUCUGCUUGUUAUGACAGGAGUCACAUCUGCCAAGGAUUUGGAGAAAAUGAGGAAUGAGAAAACUCCACCGCUACCGGAUGUUGUUCUACCAAAGUUAGGAGAUAUAUUAAACUUGACUCCAUCAUAGUGUUAUUUAAAAUUAUGUUAAGCUAUUGCAAAUUGUAGAUCAAUUGUCAAUGAAAAUGUGAUAAUAUGUUUCAUAAACGUUAUUUUUUAUAUAAUUUAUAAGCAUGUUUUUUAACAUUAUACUUAAUAACUAAUUACUCAUUAUUCUUAACUUAGUAAAUUCAAUCGUUACCAUCUCUUCUUGUUUGCAAUGGUAAAUCAGAAAAAUGUUCUACCUCCUACGCCUGAUAUUACCAAGUUUCGCUAAUCGAUAGAUAUCUCAUAAUAGACAUCUCGGUUGAAAUUAUCUGUUUGAUUAUCGAUAUCGUGAAAUGGUAUGCAACUUCAUCUAGCACUAGCUAGCGUUUCCCCACGUACAAUUUAUUUUAAGUUGCCCAUGCAAACUUUCAUACGUUAUUCAACACAAAAUAAUGUAUGAAAUAUGUAAAACAGUAUUUUACAUUAUAGUAACGUACAAUUGCAGUUACUAUAUAUCAUUAUUUUUUGUGAAAUACUUGUGGGUACUUGCGCUAACUACACAGAUGUAAAAGUUCCUACAAAUCGCUCUUCACAAGGCUAGUUCGCUAGUUGGCAAGCCCUUCAAACUAGCCUUGUGGAAAGCAGGGUUACUAAACCACAGGGGUUAUUUCAGUAUUCAUAACCAUGAGUAACGUAAGACAUCAGACCGCAAGAGCUGUUUACAACAUGCUCUCAUGGAAAUGCAAGCGUCCGACCAAUCACAAGUCACGCUCCUUUGAUUAAGACCUGUGAUUGGUUACACGUGAACUCAGAUAUGAUAUUCUUAAAUUGUACUGUACAAAAGUUGUUUUCAAAAAACCGACUAUGCAAUCGACCACUUACAAAGUUUUGUUUGUAUUUUGAGGCAAAACGGACAAUCUGCAGACUUAAAAAUACUGGAAAAUAGGUUGAACUUCUGCAGUAAGACUAUUUGUAUUUGGAUAACAAUAAGGUCGGAUUAGAUUUAAGAAGGAUAACUAUUUCAAAUGUUAAGUUUAAGAAACAAGAAUGAUCAUGCAUACAGAAAAAUUAAGUUUAUAGUGAUCGCAAAACGAGUAGUCCCAUCUGAAUACGAGGCAAAUGAUUGUCCAGCAAAACAAACCUUAGCGGGACGUAAACUGCCAUGUUGCAAUUUCAAAUGGAUAAUUUUUUUUGCAAGUAUUGAUAGCUUGCCGAAGGUAAGAAAUCUUAAUGCCGAUGACGUGAAACUGCUAUUGGUUUAGUGCCUGGAAGGCUCUGUAUAGCAUGAUUAAGAUAUUUACAAAGCUAUCCUUCGCAGCAAAACGUGAAUCCAUCUCGAUAGCGAGACCACCAAAUUAUUGUGUAUACCGAAUACGGAAGUAGCUACGGUUAAAGGUUUUUAUUUUUGUUUAAAUUUUUUAUUAUGAAACACAUACUUAGUGUGUAUAUCUUAUUAGUCAAUUCUAAUCCUUAGACACCAGUUUAUGUUAUUAGAUAUUUAUUAUUUAUAUACUUUAAAAGGGGCUAAUUAAGUAUGGAUAAAUACCUACAAUAACUACCCGCUGCCAUAUUAUUUUUGCAUUUUUUUAAAUUACGACGGUUGCCAUAUUCUUUUUUUUGUUUCUCUGUGUUUGUAUUCUUAUAGUAUGAGAAAGUUAGAAAUAAAACACGGGUAAGAAACUACUUCAUUAAAGCGUUUUAUCUAACAAUACGUUUACUGUACAUUUUUAUCGUUUAGUCUGUAAAAAUAAUUUUUUGACGAUCAGUUCCAGCAAUUCAUGCAUUUAUCUGUUUCAAAUUUGUGUAGGUAAUUAUUUAUACUGUAUGGCAAUCUAAUCAGGUGCUUAAUUAUUGUAUUGCAUUCCUUAUUUUUUUAUGUACAAUAAACCAUGUGAUUAUAACAAGUGUCUAUAUUGCUUUAAAUAUAGUUAACAAUUACCUACUUAGAUGUACAUAAAAAAGUACAAUACGUUGCACUAAAUGUAUUAUAUAGAAUAUGUAUCUGUUACGGUAAAUGUAAUAAAUUUGAUUAUUUUAAACAAUAAUCAGACUUUAUUAAUAAUUCACUCAUGAUUUGGUAAAUGUGAUAAAAAACAGUUUAUCGAGUUUUUUUGUGUUGCGGAAAAAGUAUUUAUGUUUGGGCAAAAAUUUGCCUUUUGACAUUGUGAGAAAAUGAUUAAGAAAUAUUUCCUAGCCUAAUUAAUUUCUUACUUGCACUGCCAAUUUGGGCAUUAAUUAUUAAUGAUUAUUUUCCAAAACUUGAUGAAACUGUAAAGGUAGAAAUCCUUAGGGACGUUUUUUUUCAGAAAAAAAAAAUUCGUAAGGAGUUUCCAUUUGCUGUCUGUAAUACUCCACAUAUUCCGAUCACCGCCAAUUAUUAAUCAUUUUCAAUUAAUUACACUUGCCGUAACAUAUGCAUUGUCCAUCUAUUAAAUAUGAAUACAGUAUUCAGAAAAAA